AAAUCAAAAAAGUUAAGAAUUUUUUGCCUAAAUGGAGGUUACCGUUUAUCUUUUGACUCUUACGACACUGGUGUCAUUUAUUUAUGCUCAACCCUGGUCUGCAGACCUGGGACUCAGUACCGGAAAUAAGGGACCGGAACUGAAAUUAACCGUCGGACGAAAAGUCGGAAACUGGAAUUUCAAAGCAUUUGGUUCAACAGACUUUGGCGGUGGCUGGAAAGCCGGGGUUGGCGUAGGAAUAAAAUUCAAAAGGUCAACUGAUGAAAUUCAUCGAAGAUACGACAUUGUGAUAUUGGCCAACCCUUGCCGGUUCCGUAUUUAUGACAAUAACGAUGAUGACGUCAUCACAAUGGACGAAAUGACAGAGCUUUUUGAGAACCCAGAACUUGGCACCAAGUUAUUCAGUGAUCUAGACACCAAUAAAGAUGGAGAAAUAACAAAACUUGAAUUUUCCCGCCGAGUUCCCUUUGUGAUUAAAGAAUGUUCAAAGAACCAAAGAAUCGCCAGAAGAGCAUAACCCCAGUAUAAGAAAAAAGAGACAAGUCAUGUGAGUUUAUUAAUAGUGACGUCAGAUUUCUGUACAGCAUAGUCCCAUUCCUGUUUUACGGGUGUUUACUUUGUUAAAUA